AUGCAGUCUCUUCGACCAUGGCUCAUAAACUCGCUUGCGAAUAUUGCGAAAAGGUCCUGUCCCAGAACAUCUCUGCGGUAUAUUGCAACAGAUGCAGCUCAGGAUUUGGAAAGGGAAUCUUUGGAAACCGAGCAAGACUGGGUCGAAUUUCAGGCUACAAGAGCUUCCUUUAAAACACUGGCCGAGGAACUCAGUCAAUACGGUUCAACUCAAACACGAAACAACACAUGGAAGUUACGCGAUUCCCUCCAUAAACCGACCCGUCAUACAACAAUAUCCGCUCUCCUUGCUUCCGGUGCACACUUCGGUCACGCUUCAUCGCGAAUGGACCCAAAUUUCAUGCCAUAUGCCUAUGGAUCACGAGCAGGAAUUACAAUCAUCGACUUGGAUCACACUUUACCUUUGCUGAGAAGAGCAGCGAACCUUGUACGAGCUGUAGCCUCCGCGGAUGGGCAAAUUGUCUUCAUAGGAACACGGCCUGACCUGCGGCCUGUCGUGCAAAAAGCAGCGGAGCGAUUGGGGUCCCAAGGUUAUCACGUAGGUGACCGCUGGCUGCCCGGAACCUUGACCAAUAAAUGGCAAAUGUUUGGCCACGAGGUUGUCAGGAGCGAGAGAGUGGUCCCGGAUCUAGUUGUCCUUCUUAACCCCAUUGCUAACAUGAACGCUAUCCGUGAAUGUGCACUGGAGCAUGUACCUACUAUUGGGAUUAUCGACUCGAAUGUGGACCCUCGCCUCGUUAUGUACCCGAUACCUGCGAACGAUGAGAGUACUCGGACCGCAGAACUCAUUGCCGGUGUUCUUAGCAUAGCAGGGCGGGAGGGCGUUGCAAUGCGGAUAGCUGAACAGAAGCGGCUGAAGGAGGAAGAGGAACGGAUGCGACGAAAAGAAGAAGCCCUCGCCAGACGGAAGGAAGAGGAGCGUCGGCUUCAAUCCUUUGCUCAAGAUUAGGUGAUCUACCCAGUGUUCAGAGUGUUCGCACUUAGUGGAUACCGAUUUUUCUCAUUCGAGAUGCACAAUUUACAUUUUCAAUCAACGGUCAUCUAAAGAUUGACAUGCCUACAUAUAUCAUAUACAAAUGCGUUUCGAUACACAAAUC